UGUCCUCCACUAUAUCAAACAGUCGCCUACAGCCCACGUUCUGCUCCGAGGACCACACUGGCCAAAAUAACAACGCCUGGCUGUAAUAUUUGUUGUGAAUGGGAUAAAGCAAGAGGACAACACAGUUUAGGACUUCCACUGUCAGAAGGGUUCACAGAGUUGUUCAGUAUUAGCUGUCUGACCCGUCAUGUCCCUGUGUACCUGCAGGUCAUCGCCCAGGACCGGGAAGCUCUGCUCAGUCAGUCCAACUGGAGGAAGAUGGUGCAGAAGGUAUCUCAGUUUGGGAUCAGAACUGGAACCUUCAACUGCUCUAAUGACUACAGGUCAUGUAUCAAGCGUGGCUGGCAGCGCUCCACCCUCAUCAUGUCCGUUCCCCAGACGUCAGCAUCCAAGGGUAAAGUCAUGCUAAAAGAAUACAACGGCCGUCGCAUUGAAACGGAGCAUAUCUUCCGCUGGAUGACCUCACACGUGGCUCAUCGAAUCAAAACCCUGCGUCAGUCUGAGCAGCUGGUGGAGGAGUGGCGCUCUGACCCGGCCCACCCGGUGAAGAUGUUUCUGUUCGCUCGUCUGUCCCAGCCGCCCGCCUUCUUCUCCGCGCUGUCCGUCAAGUUCACCGGCAGGAUUGAGUUCAUCUUCGUGGAUGUACGUCACUGGGACGACCACAGCAUCCUAUCAGAGAUUGAUGUGACACAGAGCCCCGCCUACAUUCUCAAGAUGCCGGAGGGCAUCUAUCGCUAUGGCAACAGUACCGGGGAGUUCUUGUCCCUGGCUGCCAUGGAUACUUUCCUGCGUUCCAUCCAGCCGGAGGUCAAUGAUCUGUUUGUCCUCAGUCUGGUUCUGAUCAACUUGCUGGCCUGGAUGGACCUCUUCAUCACACAGGGAGCAACAGUGAAACGAUUUGUGGUUCUGAUCCGAACACUUGGAACCUACAACUCCAUACUGCUGGUGUCCUGGCUUCCUGUUCUGGCUCUCCUCCAGCUGCCCUAUCUGGAAACUCUGUAUGGUUACAGUCUGAAGCUGCUCCGGUAUGCUGACACCACCACAUUGGCCAGCCUGGUGAGAGAUGACUGGACCUUCUACUCAUCCCACCCAGCUCUCUUCCUGUCCACCUACCUGGCCCACGGCCUGCUGGUCGACUACUUUGAGAAGAAACGCCGCUGUGGCAUCAGGAGCCAAGAGGACAGCACCACCAACCUGGAGUGGCUGGCCAGUCUGUGGGACUGGUACACUUCCUAUCUGCUCCACCCAAUGGCAUCGCUGCAGCAGGUCCCGUCUGACCACUCCGACUGGGAGGAUGACCCCCGCUUCUUAUUGGAGCGUUUGGCUUUCCCUGAUCUCUGGCUUCGCCCUUUAGUAAACAUGGACUAUAUUAAAGCCCUGCCCACCUGGAGGUUCCGAGCUGUUGGUGAGGAGUCGGAUAGUUCACAUUCAGACACAGAGAGUGGGGAGCCGAUGGAUUCCCCUCCACACGGCAGCAGCAGACACAGGAGGUCUUUGUGCAAUCAGGACAGCAACACACAGCCGCCUGUGUGCAACGACGUGGAGGCCGGCAGUAGCUGUCGGCCCUUCUGCUGUCGCCAUGGGAACAGAAGCUCGCCAUCUGCCAACGGGGCAGCGAAGGACGGCUGCCUCUGCGAUUGGUCGGUGUGGCCCUGUGGCGUGCUGCAGUGCUCCGAGUGUGUGGUGUGUCUGGAGAACUUUGUGAGCGAGGAGCUGCUGAUGGCUCUGCCCUGUGGCCACGCCUUCCACCAGCACUGCAUCGCGGUGUGGCUGGCAGCUGGCAGACACUGCUGCCCGGUGUGUCGCUGGCCCAGCCACAAGAAGAAGCAGCAGAGCCCUGCACAGAGCCCUGCACAGAGCCCUGCUGACAACACACUGCAGGCCUGAAGGUGAAUACUCCCCCUGUUGGUUGGCACUGAGCUCAGUGUCCAUGGAGACCGUCUGAUGUCAUCACAGCUGGAUUGGAGUGAAGUUGGGACGGGGAGGAGUUCAGCAGAAAACACUGCUGCUGUCAUCAUCAGCUUGCUUCCAUACUGUUGAAGGUGAUGUGCUGGCCAUUACUGCAGACGGGUGAAAGUGGUUUCUGCAUAAGGAGGACAUGGAUUCACACAGCAACCAUUGGUGAAGUCACAGACAACUUGGUAGUGCAAUAAAAACUUCUUCUGGUUUUGCCUUCUUUCACCCAGAAACCCUCAGUGAGAUUUCUUCCACAUGGAGCGUAUUUAUCUAAUACUUAUCAAGUGCAUCCAAACACAGCUGUGUACACUAACGGCUCUAUCCUGUAUGUGUUUGUGUUGUAUUUAGAGCUGGAUAGUCUUCUCUAUUGAGCGCUCCCAUUGGUCAACACAGGAAAGAAGUACAACAAUCAAUCAGUCAGCACAGCGCUACAAUGAAUGAAUGGAUGAACCGGGUGUGUAAUGUCACACUCGGGUCCUUCUGGUUCUGGAGGUGUUGACAUGGCCCCGCCAUCAACUCCUCACAAUCUGCAUUUUUACAUGACUCAAGUAUUUGUGUUUCCUGUCCCGCCCCCAUCAUUAGUGUGUACCUUUGAUCUGCCCGAUCACAUCUCGUAGUUGUACCAUCUCGAACCCAAACAGGUGAGGAUACAGAGCACAGCCUGGUGGUCAUAGUGAGGAUGAGCUAUUCAGCAACAUUCUGUCCUGAACUUGCAGAGGUUUGUCAUUAUCAUCUCCAAUAUGCUAUGAAAGCCCAGUAAUGCCCUGUCGGCACAGAGCGUGCUCACGUUGAUGUGAUGCAGGUGUGUAGAAUAGAGCAGCAAUAGGCUGCUCACAUGCACACUGACCUGCUGGCAUGAUCUGCCUCCAUCACACUAGUCUCUGGUUUAGGAAGUGCCAUCACCGAUCAACAGGACGGCUUCACACAUGAAAGGUUGGAGGAGUCUGUGUGUCUGUAAGAUGGGACAGAAGCAACAGUCUGCAUGGACCACAACACUAAACCAUGUCCACGUGGUGUUUGAGGAUCUAAAGGAAAGUUCAAACUAUAAGAGAAUGUUAUAAUGUCAGAGAUGAGCAUGUGACUGUGAUCAGGGGCCACAAGCCAUCUACAGCAGCCGUUAGCUCCAACACUAAAGCAGCCCAGAUAAAGCUGCAUUAAUCAAUGCUUUAUACUAGCAGUAGGUCUAUGUAGUGACAAACACAGAGAACUCUACCUCUGCAGUUCCCCUUCAGCCUGUUAGCUUGUCUUUUCACUUUCAGCUCUGCUCGCUCUCGUUUCCAGCAGCAGCAGUUUGUACACUAGCUGACAUCAGCUAACCGCUAGCAGCAGACAGACAGUAGAGGCUAGCAGGUGAACACAGUGGAGCUAAGAGGAGCACAAACACCUGCUGCUCUGUGUGUGGAUCCACCUUAACCUCAUGGGAUCAUCAUAUGUCACAUGUUGUGUUGAGUUUGCUGAAAAAUUCAAUAAAUAAAUGGACCUUUAACAACACAGUGGUAUUAUUUAAUCAUGAUGUAUGAAUGACCUGAAACAAUGUUUAAAUAAACCUAUCAAUGAUUGAUAUAUGUGUGUUCUCUGUGCAUGGUGCCUUUACGGCGUAUGAUUGGUGCGUAUGAUGUGUGAAGGUGACGUUAGUUUCAGGGCUGCUGGCACUGGAAGAGGAGACUGCUCAGUGUGCAUGCUUUCACUUUCCUUCAUGAUGUUCAUGUCCACACCAGGAGCUGAGCUGCAGGCAGCAUCACCACACUGAUGUUCAGCAGAACAGUUGACUUUCUUUACUCAAUUAAUAGUUUCAUCCCUAAACGUCUCAAGAAAAGAGACAAAGCUCUUAUUGAAUAACUAUCAUUUAAACUAUGUUGUCUCACUUUAUCAAAGACAAUGAGCGGAUAUUCUGACAUUUGGAAGUGGAGGUUCUGGGAAGACCUCCAGCAGCUGUAUGGUAUAAAUGACGUGCUGCCAUUAGAAGAGGACGGGCUCGUCCUGCUGCUGCCAGCACCCUGCACACAAGCUAAGGGAGCACGUUUACAACUUAACACUCACACAUGCUGUGCUCAGAUCUCAUUCUGUCUCAAAUCCCACCUGUGGAGCUCCAGCAGGCUUUGUUUCUAAACUAAUUGUAAUUCAUCAACUUGUAAGGAGGCUUAACUGUAAUGUCUCAGCUCACUCCUGUCCUCUUUCUGUGUGUGAAGGGCAGGAAAAGAAGGGGGGGGAGUGGUUUGGUCAUCAUCUUGGGUGGGACGGGUCUGUAGCUAUCAUUGAAUCUGACACACAUGAGACAACACCAAUCAAUCACUGCAGGCUGCAGCUCAAUGUGAUUCAGUGGAGAACACAAUGUAAACCGGAGGCCACCAGACUCCAUAACCCAACAGAUCAAAUCAGUCAAAAUACAAAUGAUAUAAAACAAGUCAUAUUUUCUCUUCAGAGUGAUGUGUUGGCGGACUCUUGAACUAUAAAAGCUUUCAUUGGACCAGCAUGCGCUGGGUCUCAGUCAGCAUAACCCCAUGUUCACUGUGGAGCAGAUGGUAGGUGGUGAUCUGCUCCACUAAAGCACAAUAUCAACUGACUCCAUGUGGGCUUUAUUACCUGAGGCCUUCAAGAGGUUAUCCAUCCAAAUCUAGUUUUGAGACCUUUGUUGUGUCAGCUGAUCAUGUUUUAGUAUUAGUGUGUGUGUGUGAGACGCACUCUGUACUCUGAAAUAAAGCUGAUUCUAACCCUGUGCUUGUGGAGCACAAACAUCCAGACUCCAUGCUCAUUGCUCAUUUAUUCAUUCAUUUUACAGUCCUCAGCUUAGCUCUACUAGUUAGCUAGGAGCUCAUUUACAUAUGUAGUCCCUGGGCAGGAACCAGAAUAACUUAUCUGUUAAAAAACUGUAGUAUAAAAAUAUGAUUAAAACACAGUACAUAUUCACUGUACAGCAACAACAUUAAGGCAGCACAACACAACCACAAGCUGUCACAACAUUAAAACACAUCAAGUGU